GGCAGUAGCAGUAAUGGCGUCUCUCUCGCUCUGGGACUGAAGUGCGAGUCCGUGCCAUUCAUGAAUAAUGAAUCUCUUAAAAUUCCAUACCCAACCCUUCACUUGUAGAAUUCCCCAAACUACCUGUUACAACUCCUCUCUCUUUCGGCACCAUCUCAAACUCCGCUUCAAAUUCACCCCUUGUUCUUCAUCGUCUCUUCUCACGCUGUCUCUCCACCGACCCACCUUCAAAUUUUCGGGCUUUUCCAGAAUUAAUGCAGCGAUUUACAAAUAUGAGGAGGCAGGAGGAGGAGAAGCCCACCCAAUUGUAUCGGCGGAAUUUGAAGACUUGGCGCCGAACGGUGUCGUUUAUCAGAAAACACUGAGAUUGGUGGAGUGCUCCAUGUUCGCUGCCGUCACUGGGCUUCUGUACUUCUUAAGCAAUUCGCUCUCAAUAGAGAAUUACUUUGGAUGCUUCUUUGCAUUGCCAAUAGUGAUAUCUUCAUUGAGAUGGGGAAUCGCCGCCGGAAGAAAAACUAUGGUUGCAACAGCAAUGCUAUUAUUUGUAUUGUCUGGUCCUGUGAAAGCCUUGAUAUAUCUGCUAACACAUGGUUUAACUGGCUUGACCUUGGGCUCUCUGUGGAGGUUGGGAGCUGAUUGGCGUGUUUCGAUUGUCUUGUGUACAAUAGUUCGGGCAAUGGGUGCCGUGGGGUAUGUUUUGACAACUUCGUUUUUAAUAAGCGAAAACAUACUUGCUUUGAUCACCAUAAACAUCCAUGCUUCCCUCACGUUGAUAUUUGCUGCGACGGGCAUCAACAUAGUUCCAUCAAUGAACAUAAUAUAUGCAAUCUUUGGAACCCUGGUGUUACUGAAUUGUGGAUUCUUUGUGUUCUUACUACACCUUUUGUAUUCUGUGUUCCUGACACGACUUGGGAUGAGGGGUUCAUUGAGUUUGCCAAAUUGGUUGGAGAAGGCCUUGGGAUGAGGGGAUCAUUGAGUUUGCCAAAUUGGUUGGAGAAGGCCUAAUAGUGUCAUCGAUCACUCAUGAAAUGCCUUCAAAUUCGAUGGGAUCUUCAUUUUCAUGCCCUUCUUGGAUGGCGGUGCUAUGACUGAUUGUAAUUGAUACCUUACUUCAUCGAUCACCACACCUAUAUGAAGUUCCAAGCAAUCUAUCCCCGCUCUGUGUCUUUAUGCACAGGGGAGUAUUGCAUUCAUCUUGUUUAAGUAGUUGAGGAACAUGGGUUGCCCCCUUGUGUUUUAUCCAAACCAUUUUGUGAAAUUGAUCACAGUGGAAACUGCUAGGGUAUAUGCAUCUA